UUGUCAUUCAACAUUAAUCCAGUGUAAAAAUUUCAAGAUAAAGAUAAAAAGAAUUGAGAUGGUUGGAGAAUUAGGUUUAAAUGACGUUAAUGAAGAUGUUAAAACUUCGGAAGCAAAUGCUCAUUAUCAGUGAAAUUUAUACAAUUCGACUUGGACAGAAAGGUGGAACACGUGAUUGAAAAGAAUUAUUUCAUACGUUCGAAAUGGCAAAACUUUAUUCAUAUUAUACAUUAUGUCCACUUAUCGACCAACAAAAUUUGUUAGGUGUCGAAAGAGACUCGGAAAGUGGUUGUGCAAUUGUAACCUUAGGAAGAAAUAUUGUAAUUCGAUAUAAGCUGCAAGACCUAAAACAAUUAAGUAGUUGGACCAGCAAAGAUCGAUUGACGGCACAAGUUAUUUACGAUGAAACAACGCAUCAGUAUGCUGCGAUAUUCAAUGAAAAAAAAAUACGCCUUUGGUCUGCAGAAGAAACAGAUUUGAAUAACAUUAAAGGUUAUAAAUUUCAGUCUGCCUUGCAUACUAUUCUUAAACUUGAAGAAUGUCCUUCCGUAUUAGUACGCAAAGAUGGAGCAACUGCUUCGUUAGAAAGGGCUAUACAAAACAGAAAAUCUUGGUCCAGAGAAGGAAUAUUAAAUACCAAUGAAAAAAUUCUAGACUGUCACCUGAUACGCAGUACUGAUAAAAUAAACUUAUGCCUAUUAACUGAAAUUGAAGGAACAUAUAACUGUGUGGUAGUUAAACUCAAUAAUGAGACCUAUUCUAAGGAAACAGAUUAUAUCAGAAAUUCGUUUCUUGAAUUAAACAUUUUCUUCAGAAAUUAUCUAUAUUUUACAGUUUUUUUUUUUUUUUGUUUUGCAGGGUCACAUGGUAGAUUAUACAGUCAUCCUUUGACAGAAACUAACACAGAAACUAGCUUAAGUACGCUAAUUGGUAUUAUCAGUAAUAUUAACACUAAAUAUCCAGUAGUUAUGACAUGUUUAAAUGAGGCCACUGUGGCAGUUUAUGGGGCUGAUGUUUCCGAAGAAGGAGCUGUGUUGAUGAUUUAUAAUGUGCAAUUUAAACUGAUACAAGAUGCCCAGAAACUAAAAUUAUACACAAAUGAUGCAAAAUUAUGGAAAAUUGAGGACAAGUUACUACUUGCUGCUAAUAAACACUUAGCAAUUGCACCUUAUCACCUUGCAGCUCAAAAAAUAGCAACAUUACUUGGAUCAUCCUUGCGUUUUAAAAGCGACAACGAGAACGCAGAAGACGAGAUCGUUGUAAUACAAGAGUCAACGGUAGCUCAGUGGGAAAAGAACGGAGCAACUUUUGUUAAUCAAUUAUCGCAAAACCCUCCUAUACACCUUUCCAAACAAAUAUCGUCUUACUUAAAAGAAGGAUUGAGCGAUGCUGCCAUACAAGAAAUAGUAAUUCCGCAGUUGAUAGAGUCGAAAGAUGUUGACGGAAUCAUAUGGUGUUUAAAUAAUAUUAAAGAUCUACCGGAAAAAUUACUAAUUGAUCUUUUAAUCUUUUCUCUGAGGAGUCCCGAUGAAACGUUUCUACCAUUACAGAAUGGUACAUCUGACCAUUCUGUAACCACCAAACAUUUAUAUUCACGGAAUGAUUUUCUUGAUAAAAUUUUUAGUCUUACUUAUUCGAACAUUUCUUUAGUGUCGCAUCUUAAAAGUGGCUUAAAUUUUGACGAAAUACUUCGGUUAUUAAAAUACUUGAUACAAAAAUUAGACGACCAAGAAUUGUUUCAUGAUAUAGUACAACAACCGGCUGACAAACAAUUAUAUGAAUGGUCUAGUCUUUUGCUGGAAUCUCAUUAUCAACAAUACAUAUUAUCACGAGAUCCACAAGUAUCAACACUGCUCAAUAAACUUAAUUACGUUUUAGAUGAUCAUUUACAAGUAUUUAAAGAUAUGGAAAAUUUGAGACCUAUCUUAAAAAGAACGAUCCAUGGAAAGUCGUCAAAAUUAUUGCAAAAAAAUUGCAACAAGUUUUAUACAAUAGAGGAAAUUAAACUUUAUUGA